AUGACUGGAGCCUUGCAUGCUGGACUAAUAUUGUUUUCUGUUGUGGUUGUGUGCGAGAGUGAGCCAACACAUGUUGGGCCUGACAAAGAGGGUGAUUCACAUGGACAUUCCAGAUUGGUCCACUUAUCAUCAAACUGGGCCUUAGUGCUGGUCAAUGGCUCAUUAGACUUUUCCCGGGCGGAGAGCUCCUGCCGAAGUCAGUUCAGCUCCCUUGCCACCUUAGACCAAUUGGAGGUUCGUGAAGGGGCAUUGGAGUUACUGCGUCAAACCGGACAUCAGUCGCAGGUCUGGAUCAACAGCCCCUCCAAACUGGAAUCCAAGCCCUUGCCCCUGUCCAAGCAAUAUUUGCAGUUCUCAGCUCUAAACUUUCCUAAAACAUCCAGGGAAGGAUUUGCUCGCGUCAACAGGCCCUUCCCCGCUCUGUCAUCAAUCAGUGUGUGUGUUCGCAUUCAGUGGGACCCAGAAUGGAAUGAAGUGUCGACCAUCUUCUCCUAUGCUGCUCGUGUCUUUACCAAUGAAUUCCUACUACGGGGUCAGGGUGACACGCAGGGACGAAUCCUCCUGGCUCUCAUUGUUCAUGGGAAACACCUUCCAUACAAAGCAUAUUUCCCUCAUGAUGGUGGAUGGCAUCACAUCUGUGUCACGUGGAGCAGAAGUCUCUGGGCUAUCUAUGUAGAUGGGGAAAGGAAGGACAUGGGUUCAGGGUCAGACACUUCUCGAGAUAUCUAUGCUGAUGGGAUACUUAUUUUGGGUCAGGACCAGGAUUCAUUUGGAGGGAAUUUCACAGAGCCCUUUUUUGGAAAUAUCACUGAUUUAAAUGUUUGGAAUAUUUCCCUGGAAACACGCCACAUCCGUGCUUUGAAUGGAUGUUCUGCAAUGAAUCAGCCCAUGCUUUUUAGGUGGGACCUUGACCAUCUGAUCAACCACCCAGCUGUCAAGGAGGUCCAGGCUCAUUUGUUUUGCCCAGAAAAACACCAGCAGAUGGAGCUGCAAAGCUGCAGAACAAUGCAGAUCCAGUCAGAUCGGCCGACAUUCACGACUCUACUAGACUGCUCUGAGCCACUGGCAUUUAUCUGCAUGAGUAGCAGAGAACGUUACCUGAAAAUGAAACAGAUGAGUGAUUUCCAAAGGUCUCAGCCAACGGCCUUUAUGAAUCAUCUGUUGAAGCACUCCAAUAACAGCCAGGCCGUAGUGGGGCUGCAGUCAUCCGGUCUGAGCAGCCUGGCUGAAGCAUCCGCACUGCUGGACGCGUCUGUCCAGGCUCUACGGGACACAAGGCAGGAAGGACUGCAGCCAACAGACAUGGUUUCCCUCAUCCAGUUGCUGUCUUUGGCUGCUGAUGUUCCCCCACAGCAUUCAGAUUCCACCGACCACACCAAGGAAAGUGUCCAGGAGCUAAGCCAGUACUUCAUCAGUGUGGCAGACAGCGUCAUCAGCCAAGACAAUACCUUCAAGUGGCAGGCCAUCAAAGAGGUGGUGAAUGGACCCAUGGAUGUGGUGAAGAGCAUUGACCGGAUGGUGACCAGCUUGAGCUCCGAGUUGGUGUCAGAGAGGGAUCAUCUGACGUUUCACAGCCCAAACAUCAAGUUGGCUGUGCAGCAGCAGAGGCUUCAGGAAUCAUCUAAGGGAACAAGUUUCUGUGGGCCUGAGAAUGAAAAACACUCUAACUCUGACUGUAUUUCAGUCCCACAUCAAAAGAUCCAGGAUCUCCUUUACAAAGGAUUUCAUAAACUCACUUUGGUCAACACUUGGUAUGGUUCUCUACGGCCACUUUUCAAUCCUGAGGGGAACAUUAGCAUGGUUCCUACCGUCACGGAUGGUAGCCAAAGGUAUUUGGGUACUAUCCUGGGCUCCUCUGUCAUAUCCACCACGGUGCUGGGAGACAACCAGCCCGUUAGUACAGCAGUCCACUUCCAGCUCCGUCACAAAGUGCAGAAUUCUGCAGGUGCUGUAUACGAUCCAGUGUGCGCCUUCUGGGAUUUUAAUAUCAAUCCAGAGGCUGGUGGGUGGUGGAACACCAAAGGGUGUGAGGUUGUUUCCAAACAUUAUGGCUACACUGUGUGCUACUGCAAUCACACAACCAAUUUUGCAUUGCUACUACAGGUCUACGAAGCACAGCCGAGCCCAGAAGACAAAAAAGCUUUGCAGGUGCUGACGUUCAUUGGUUGUGGAGUGUCUCUGUGUGGCCUCCUCUUCACCUUCAUCCUCUUCAUUGCUGUGGGUGUUCCUAAAUCGGAUCGCACAACUGUCCACAAGAACUUAAUUGUUGCGCUUAGCAUCGCUGAGCUGCUUUUAAUGUGCAGUGACUGGGCAUCUGCUAAUGAGGGUGCUUGUUUUGUGGUUACGGCAUUGCUCCAUCUCUUCUUCAUGGCCUCUUUUUCCUGGAUGCUGGUGGAAGGUUUGCUAUUGUGGAGCAAAGUUGUGUCAGUCAACAUCAGUGAAGACCGCAGAAUGAAAUUGUACUACAUUAUUGGCUGGGGAUUACCUGUUCUAAUAGUCAUUGUAACACUGGCAACUACAAUAAAUGAGUACAAGGCUGAUGGUCACUGCUGGCUCAAUCUGAAGACUGGCACAAUCUGGUCUUUCGUGGGACCUGUAAUAUUUGUUUUGGCGGUCAAUUCAGUUGUGUUGUGCCGAGUUGUCAUGGUGACUGUUUCGAGUGCCCGCCGUCGUGCUAAAAUGCUCAGUCCAAGCUCAGCAUCAAAAAUGCACACCUUUGAUCUCACCUGGGCUGUGACUCGACCAGUUCUCAUCCUUCUGCCUGUCCUGGGCUUAACUUGGCUGUGCGGAGUACUGGUCCACCUAUCGGUUGUAAUUGCCUAUAUCUUCAGUGCUCUCAAUGCCUUCCAAGGCCUGUAUAUUUUCUUAGUUUAUGCUGUUUACAACAGUGAGGUGAGGAAUGCAAUCAAGAGGAUCAAGGAAAAGAGAAAAGCAUUAUCUUUCACAAAUUGUUCUCAGCCAACGACCUUCGUACCUUCUCAGAGAGUUCCAAUAAGGUCUUGGGACCGCAGUCCGCUGACUCCUUCUAGUCCUGAGAUCAGUGAGACCUCUGGAGCCCCCAGUUCUAGCUCCACUUCACUCGUUAUCAAGAAUGAGAGUUUCAGAAAAGAAAGCUUUGUGAGUUUCUCAUUGAAACAACCACCAGGAAACCAAGUGGUGCAACUCACAGCAUUCAAACCAUCAGGUACAGUGUCUAAAGGAGAAAAUGUAUAUGAAUGA